AACUCGAACAUGUUCGGAUGGCGUACAAAGAAGAACGUCUCGAACAUCGCAUCCAAAAAAAAAGUAGGAGGCGCGCGGUUCGGACGGUUUUCGCGGAAGAACGAACGAGGAUUUUGAAGCGUAGGUGAUGCCGAGAGUUUGAUAUUUUGAUAUCAAUUAAUCCCUGAGAACGGCAACAAGCCACUAUACUGAGCAGACGUGCGGUGGGUGGCGAUAUAUUCCAGUUCUGGGGGCGCAACAAAGUAGAGGCCAAGUGGUUGCAAGUGGAAAGCAGACGACGCCGCGAACUGUGUGUGCGAAAAGCGGUGGAAAAGCGUAUGAAAUACAAACAACAAUACGCGUUGGAUAACAUAUCGUCUCCGGAUAAUGUUUCCUUAAACUCGAAAAUAUCCCCAUUCCCUGGAAAAUAUCCCCACCGAAUCGGUCUCUGUGUGUGUGUGUGUUUUUGUUUCUCAAAGAAGAAGGAGAAGGAGAAGCAGGAAGGCGAAGAAAAUAACAGUUGAACGACAAGCUUCUAACUGUUUUCUGGCGAAGGAGUGGCCAAAGAGUGCGCGAAAAAAGUGUGCGAAAAGCGAGCGAUUUUUAUGCAAUUUCCCAGGUCCAUACUGAGAAAAAUAAAGCGUCUGUCUGUCUCCGCCAGUCGGCCAGUGUACAUGUCCUGUGUCUGUGUAUGUGUCUGUGAGUGUAUAGCAAAAACAAACAACAAAAACAACAAACAACUAGGAAGCAAGGAUCUACACUGUCGCUCAGGGUAGUUUGUUUGAGUUUUUGAACAAAAGCCCAACAUCACAGCCCACAAAGGGAAAAGGGAGCAAGGACAGGCAGAGAGGAGAGUACACCCCACACACACACACACACAUACACCCCGCUCCUUUGUGUGCGCUUUUGCCGCCUGGAAUGCAAUGCUACAACAACAACAGGGCCAUGGACAGCAGGGGAGGAAACGCUUAAUUGUUAGAAGCAGCAUCAGGAGCAUCAUCAUCAUCAUCGGUGGCAGUUGCAUCCAAAAAAAUCAAGCCGCCUGCUGAGGAGGAAGCAGAUGCACGACUACUUGCAACAAAGCCGAAAGUGCACCAUCUCCGCCAGAGCUAUAUAAGGAACUCUAGUGUCACGUGGUUUUCCAAUCAAAAUGAAAUAAAAGGCAAAUAAUAGAAACAAAAUCCAACCGAAUCACCAAACGACUAACGAAUUUUAAUCGAAUUCUGCACUGAGCCAGUAGAGAAAUCAAUAGAACCAUGGAUCUGAGUCUGGAACGCGACAGCUCCGCUCUGGGAAGUCUGUUUCAACAGAUUAUCAAUGAUAUGAAGAACACCUCGCCGUUGUGGGAGGAUUUUGUGGCCAAGGCGGGAAAACUCCAUACAUGUUUGAGGGCCGCCAUCCAAGCAAUCGCCGCCUAUUUGGAUGCCUUCCAAAAGAUAGCAGAUGCGGCGACCAAUUCAAGAGGCGCUUCCAAGGAGAUCGGCACCGCCCUCACCCGGGUCUGCCUGCGCCACAAGGCGGUGGAGACGCGCCUGAAGACCUUCACCACGGCCAUCAUGGAUUGUUUGGUGCAGCCGCUGCAGGAGAGGAUCGAGGACUGGAAGCGCACAGUGGCCACCAUCGACAAGGACCAUGCCAAAGAGUACAAGCGGUGCCGGAGUGAGCUGAAGAAGCGCUCCAGCGACACGCUGCGCCUCCAGAAGAAGGCGCGCAAGGGCCAGACGGACGGGCUCCAGUCCCUGAUGGACUCGCACAUGCAGGACGUGACACUCCGCCGGGCCGAGUUGGAGGAGGUGGAGAAGAAGUCCCUGAGGGCGGCCAUGGUGGAGGAGAGACUGCGGUACUGCAGCUUUGUCCACAUGCUGCAGCCGGUGGUGCACGAGGAGUGCGAGGUCAUGUCCGAACUGGGUCACCUCCAGGAGGCGAUGCAGUCGAUAGCUCUGGUCACCAAGGACCCCAGUGUCCUGCCCCAGGCCUCCGAGGAACUCAUCCACGAUGCCAAGGCCAGCAUUAAUCUCUACCCAGAGUCCCCGGGUGGCGGUUCUGGGUCUCAGGGUGGAGGCUGCUCCAACUCGCUGGGUUCCCGUAAGAGCUCCGUCUGCUCCAUCAGUAGCAUCAACAGCAGCGGCUCAAGCAACUCACCUGGCCAUCACCACUAUCCGCGUUCCCUGUCGCAGUUUGUAACGCCCGCAAUUCGCUUGAAACCUGGUGAAUCCAGUGAUAGUGGCUUUUGCUCAUCGCCAGCGCUAACAACACAGACAUCGAAUGCCACCAAUCAGACGGCGAAUGUAUCCACCUGGCCGCCACACAAUCAGGACACUGUGGACAGCCUGCCACCGACCGCCGACCGGCCGCAUACCAUUUCGACCGCCUACGAGAAGGGCCACCAGCGACCGCCGCUCACAGUCUAUACGUUCCAGAACCCGGAGACCAUUCACGAGUCAACCACUGGCCUCAAUAAUGGCUCCCCAGCCGCCGCCAAUGGACAGUCCUCGUCUGGCCAGACCACUCCGGCCACCCAGAAGUCCCCGGCUGCCUCCCUCAGCCGGCCACCUCUGCCAGUUAAGCCAGCCCACGUGCGCUGCUCGUCGUUGGAGCGUCCGUUGUCGGCCCAGAGCAACCACCGCCAGGGUAGCGGGAGCAAUCUGCUGCAGCGGCAGUGUCCCUCACCGAUUCCAGCUCAUAUCACGAAAGAGCUGUCCGCAGCGCAUCAUGCCCAGCAGCAGCAGCAACAGCAACAGCUCCAGCAACAUCAGCAACAACAGCAGACACCGCCCACCUACGUGAAUAUGUCCGAGUUGGCCAACAUGGCGGCCCUGAAACUGACUAACCACCAGAACCAGCAACAGCAGCAGCAGCAGAAGCCCUCGCCGCCGCCUUUGAAACAACAGAGCUCCAUCGACUCGAUCAGCUCACAGCAUUCCAAUGACUCCACGGGUUCGCAUCAACUGCUCCAACAGCAGCAACAUCAUCAGCAACACAUGCAACAGCAGCAAAAUCAUCACUCCGCCUCUGCCACAGCCACUCGCUCCCAUUCCAUAUCCUCGACGGCCUCGUCGCUGCACUCGCAUCCGUCAAUUGACUCGACGGUAGCUUGUGGCUCCCUGGUGGGCCAGCACAACCACAGCACCAGCACCAACACGAACACGACCACCACCUCGCCGUCCAGUGGCUGCUCCACGCCACAGAAUCAUUACUCGCCCUUGCUAACCAACUCACCCACGUCCACUGCCGCAGGUACACCCAGUGGCAGCAGCAUCGGCACGGGAGCCGGCCUGGGCUUUGUCUAUCAGGUCAGCUCUCCCACUCCGCCCGCCAGCGAGGUGCUGAAGAUCACCGAGCAGGGUUCCGGCUCUGGCCAGGCAUCUGUAAACAAUGACGUGGAGGAGGAAGAGACCGACGAGCGAUCGCGGGCUUCCGUCUUGCAGAAGGCCUCGAUGUUCGAGAAGGCGGCAGCUGCGGCUGCCAUAUCGCCACCGGCUCCGGUUCCAGUCGCUCCACCAACUGCAUCGGUUGGCCCGGCCGGAGGAGGACGCCGAUCCGAGGCGGAGCAGCAGGAAAUGGACAAGUCUUUCGAAGAUUCAAUCCAAGCUCUAAAUAAUUUAAUUGGCGAACUAGACUCGUUCCAACGCGAGAUCGAUGAGGGCAAGGGCAAGCAGAUGAUGAUGAUGACCAGCCUGACCGGCAGCAGUAACAACAAUGUGACGAAUGUGACCACCACCAGCAGUUCCACCAGCAGCAGCGACAACCACAACACGCCCGCCGGCAACACCAGCACCAUCGAGCCCUGUGCCAUCAGCAAUCAGACGCACUCGAGCGGCUGCGGCACCGACAUCUCGGACACUACCUCGGAUGAGUUGGGCGGCGACGAGAGUGCGGAGGCACGGCGACGGGAUCGGGAUAGGGACAGGGACCUGCUUGGAGCCAGCGAUUCGGAGCUGAGUCGUUGCUAUGUGAGCGAGACGAGUUCGCUGACCGGCGGGAUGACGGCCGGCGGCUACGAGAAUCCCACAUUUGCGCACUUUGUGGCGGCCAGUGCCAGUCGGGAGGAGGCGGGUCCGGGUGACAGUGUCUCCCUGGCGUCGGACAGCCUGUGUCUGGGGCAACCGCGCCACGCCUACGUGGACACCUGCAGCGAUAGCGGCAGUGCCGUGGUGGUGAUCUACGACCACCAGAUUCCCAUCACGCCGGACAUCGAGUUCGUGAAGCAGAACUCGGAGAUAGUGCUGCUGCGCACCAAGGAUCCCCAGCCACAGGCGCUACAGCUGCACGAGAUGCGCGAGCUGCAGCAGCUGCCGACGAACCUGGCUGGAACGCCGGACUCCUCGCCGGAUGGCCAGGCGCCACCGCAGCCGGCCACAGCAACCGUGGCGCCCGCCAAGCAGCGACUCUCCUCCUUCCGCGCCACCAGCGAACAGCAGCUGCAGCUCCUCGGACGCGGCAGUCCCCAAAGAGGUAAAGCCACCACUGAGCCGGCACAGGACCAGCACCCACCACCACCACCACCCCCCCAGCAGCAGCAGCAGGUGGCCAGUGAGCUGCAGCCAGUAGAUCCUGUCAAGCGCCAGCUGCCGCCCAAACCGAACAGCCUGAGCCUUUUCAGUGGCCCAGCGCCCAACACGCUGGCCAGCGACAAGCCCCUGGUGCCCCGAAAGUCAGACUUUAAGGCCGAUCUUGAUGCCAAAAUACGCAGACAGAAGCACAAAGUCCAACAGCAAUUGCAGCAACAGCAGCAAUCGCCGCCUCAGCAGCAAGCACCUUCCGCCACACAACCGCAACAACAACAGUCACCACCACAACAGUCGCCCCCAAACCGAAACUGUAAUGUCACUAAUAAGCCAGCCGCCAAUGUUACUGCAUCCGCAUCAGCAUCUGCAUCUAAAGUGAACCAAAAUCAUAGAAAUCCAUGCCAAAAUCAGACAGCUGCAUCAUCCAAUCAUAAGCAAUAUAAGACGCCCCCAGCCUGCCCGACAUACUCAUCUUCAUCGACAUCGCUACCAUCGCUACCAUCGCUACCAUCAUUGCCAUUAUCAGUCAGCACCUCAUCAGCAAACUCUCCGCCAUCGAUGUUGCCCGCCAGUGCCCGACCAGUAGCCCACUCACCACAUCUAUACUCCAAUGCCAAUGCCAAUGCUAGUGUCCCAGCCAAUCCUCAUAGCCCGGCCAAUGCCCAUGCCAAUGUCAAGCCGUGCAUUACGCCCAGGCCGGCUUCGUUGUCGGGAGGAGGAGCAGGUGGCGGUGGAUCCACGCGCAUCGCCCGCCGUUCGUCCAUCAACCAGGCCAAGCCACCGCCGCCAGUCAGACGCAGCUCUUCGGUGACCCCCAGUCCCAAUGCCUCGGUUGGGCUGAAGCAACCGCAGCAGCCAGAGCACCUGCACCUGCACCAGCAGCAGCUAAGCAGCUCCAGCGAGCACUUGCCGCCGCCGCCGGCUUUCCUGCUGGACUCCAUGCCGCAAAGUCCGCCGCCAGCCGCCAUGCCCAGCUCGGCGCUGAAGGUAUCCGAGACGGUGCGAGCCCUGGCGGCCUUGCGCCAUCAGCCGGCCUCUCCGGUGGCUUUGAGACGCAUGCAGCAACAACAGCAGCAGCAGCAGCAACAGCUACAACACCAGCAACAGCAACAGCUACUACAGCAGCAGCAGCAGCAACAACAGCCUUUUCUACAGUCCCUGCACCAGUCCCCCUCGAACGAUGAUCUAAGCUACGAAGUCUACUACGACUCCUACCUGGAUCUGCACGCCUAUGCUCCCGCCCAGCAACGCCUUACCCAACAUCAACAGCAGUAUCAGCAACAGCAACAGCAACAUCUCAUGUAUCUGCAACAGCAACAUCAGGCUGCCCAGCCGCCUGUCUAUCAAGCUCCGCCGCCCGUCGACGCCACGUUCCGCACCUCAUCACCUGCCGCUGGCGGAGGCGGGGGCGGGGGCGGCAUUUACGCCCAACCCAAGCUGGUCAACAGCAUGUCCAGCUUCCGCACCAGUAGCCCCAGUCCCAACGGACACGCUCACCCACUGCCACCGACACAGCCCAAGGCGAACCCGAAUCUGAUAGCACAGCUCAAUGCACGACUCAACAGCAAGCAACAGCACCAGCAGCACGAGGGGAUCUACGGCAACCAGCAGCAGCAGCAACAGCAACCCGGAGGGGAUUCGAUUUAUAUGCGAGGAGGUUUGCCCAUGUCGCAAACGCCUCAGCAGCAACACUUUGACGGUAAAUCUGAACAGCAAAUGCAACAUCAACAGCAUAGAAUUUACGCUAGUUAUGGCACCUCAUCGUCACAAGUCGCCACAUCAGCCCCUGGCUCUGGCUCUGGCUCUGGUUCAGGCUCAGCCAUCUCAUCGGGCAGCAAUGCCCAGCCGUCCAUACUAACACCGACCUCCACCUUCAACGCCCUGCCCCACUUUCCAUUAUCCUCAUCCACAUCAUCGUUGCUAUCCAAAGUCAGUUCAUUCUCAAACGCCUCAUCCUCGCCGCCAACGGCCGUGUCGGCCAACAAUUCGCAUUACCAGCCUCCCCAGCCGCCCACUGCGUCAUCGGGCGGCACAGAUUAUGGCUCGUACUCAAGUUCGUUUAAUAAAAAUUCAGCAGCUGCCCAAAUGUCGAACAACAUGCGACAAGUCCAUCCACCGUACCAGCACCACCAGUCGCAGUCACAGCAACAGCAGCAGCAUUACACCUGCCCGCCUCCGCUGGAGGAUCCACCGCCGCCGCCCAUUUACGCCGCCGGCGCUUCGGCCACGAUGCCCAAGAAGAUGGCCCGCCCCCUUGUCGGCCAUGCGCCGCAUGCGAGCGCCUAUGCAGCUGCUUCGGCCACGGCCACGCUGCCCAAAAACAUAAUGCAACAGCAGCAACAGCACCGAUUGCUGCAACAGCAACAGCAGCAGCAGCAAUAUCAACAGCCAACAGGCAUGGGCAAUGGGAAUGGAAAUGGCCAUGGUCACGGACACGUAAGUCACCGUCCGCAGUUGCCACUGCCCCAGCAGAAGAUGCGGGCUGCCCAGCAGCAGCAGCAGCACUUGGUGGAGCAGCAACACCAGCCGCCCAUCCCAUCGCGGCAUUCGAGUGUCCAGCAAAAGAUAUUCGUUUCGACGAAUCCAUUCAUCCAAACGACGGCAGUCAAGUUCCACUCUCCAUCCGCCUCGCCAAUUUGCGGCUCCCCGGGAUCUGGCACCGGAUCGGUAUCUGGAUCUGGGUCUUUGGCCAGCAUUUAUGCGACAACAGCACGAGGCAGUCACCAGCAACAUCCGCACCAGCAACAGCAACAACAACAGCACUACUAUCGCGAUGUUGCUGGAGGCAAUAGCAAUGGCGGUGGUGGAUACUACAACCACAAUGCCCAUGGCCACGCCCACUCCAACGCCCAUGCCAAUGCCCAUGCCCAUGUCCAGGCACAUCAUGCAAACUAUGCCACAAGCACAAAUAUCGAAAAGACUGGCAGCAUUCGGGCCAAGACCAAGGCCGAAUUCCUCGAGAAUCUCAACGCGAAACUGGCCAAGCAGGGAAUGUCUGGACGAGCAUUCGCCGUGCGCAAUCUCAUCAACAGCAAGGCCCUGCCUGAUCCGCGCAUCUGUCACGAGUCGCUGAUGGAUCAGAUCAAACGCGGAGCCACCUUGAAGCGUAACCAGAAGAUCAACGAUCGCAGCGCUCCAAAAAUACAUUAAAUUAACCUAUAGGCCUAAGCGAUACAAUAUUAUUUAUUAUCCUAGUAAUUAAAAUAUGAAUAAUCAUGAGGCCCCGAUGAGGCCCCUGCUCGAUCGCAGGCGGCUAUAGAGUUUGGUUUGAAACUGACAACUCGUACAACACAUAACACGAAACCUAAAUACAUAUUAUAACGGUAAACAUAUACGAUAUACGAUAUUUAACAAGCGCAGUAAGCUUAACUCGAACUAAUCAAUAUCCCUAUUGAUUUCCUAAAUCCCAAGAAUAUUAUCGAAAGGCGUUUUCUGUUAGGAAACAUGGAAGACAGAUGACCGAUAGAGUUCUUUUGUGUUUAGUUAUAACUCUUACUCGAAUUUACGUUUAGUGAACUUCUGUUUAAAAAUAUAUAUAUUAUGUUUAUGUAUUUACCCUAUUUAUAAUUUCGCUUUGUUUACGUACAUGUAUAUAUCUAUGAAUAUGAUUUAAACAACAAUCGCAACUAAUCUGACACCUAAUAAAUGGAAUUUAUCGUAA